AUGAGUAGAGGAAGAUUGAGAUUUAUUCAUUCGCCAAUGUUUGCAGGAAAGACCGCCAACAUGCUUCUGGCAGCCAAGCACGCCAAGACCUGUGGGAAAGUAGUUUUAUUGAUCAAACCGCAAGCAGAUACUAGAUGUAAGGUUGAUAUAAUAAAGUCAAGGUGUGGAAUGGAGAUGAACUGUGAUCUUAGUGUUGGAAGUGAGUUUGAUUUUGCAAGAGAUGUCUGUUACGAAGGAGUUGAUAUUGUGUUUAUUGACGAAGCACAGUUUCUAAGCUCCUGGCAGAUUGAGAGUUUACGAGAGGUUGUUGAUGUGCACGGGGUGUCUGUUUGGUGCUAUGGACUUCUGACAGACUUUAAGAAAUGCUUGUUUGAUGGAUCCAAGCGCCUUAUUGAAUUAAGUGACGAACUGAAUGAAAUUCAGGUGCUGUGUGGAAUGUGCAAGGAGAAUGCACGAUUCCAUUUGAGAUAUAUAGAUGGUAAGCCUAGCACAUCUGGGCCAACGAUUGACAUUGAGAUGCCUGGGAGUGAGAAGUAUGCAUCUGUAUGCCAUGUAUGUUGGAAAAGACGAAUGGAGCCGAUGAAUGAUGAAAGUUAUGAAAUACCCAAUUUUGAAGUGGUUUCAAUAGACAUUCAACAGAAGUAA